GCAGGCUGACGGAGCCAGUGCAGCUGGAAGGAAAAGCACUGUUAGCAGGGAGCGCUUGAAGCGCAGUCAGAAGAACGCCAAGGUGGAGGGCCCGGAGCCAGUGCCUGCUGAGGCCUCGCUGAGUGCUGAGCAGGGCACGAUGACGGAGGUGAAGGUGAAAACAGAACUACCAGACGACUACAUCCAGGAGGUCGUCUGGCAGGGCGAGGCCAAGGAGGAGAAGAAGGCUGCUGGCAAGGACGGAACUGGUGAUGUGCCUGCCGAGAUCUGCGUGGUGAUCGGUGGUGUCCGCAACCAGCAGACCCUCGAUGGAAAAGCUCCAGAAGGCCCCCACGGUGGAUCUGUUCGGAGCCGGUAUUCAGGGACCUGGAUUUUUGACCAAGCUUUGAGAUGUGCAUCGGGGUCCUAUGAAUGUGGCAUCUGCGGCAAGAAGUACAAGUACUACAACUGCUUCCAGACCCACGUGCGGGCGCACCGAGAUACUGAAGCCACCUCGGGGGAGGGCGCCUCCCAGAGCAACAAUUUCAGGUACACAUGUGACAUCUGUGGGAAGAAAUACAAAUACUACAGCUGCUUCCAGGAGCACCGAGACCUUCAUGCCGUGGAUGUGUUCAGUGUGGAAGGGGCUCCCGAGAAUCGGGCAGACCCCUUUGACCAAGGUGUUGUGGCCACGGAUGAGGUGAAGGAGGAGCCUCCAGAGCCUUUCCAGAAAAUUGGACCAAAAACCGGCAAUUACACGUGUGAGUUCUGUGGAAAGCAGUACAAGUACUACACGCCGUACCAGGAGCACGUGGCCUUACAUGCCCCCAUCAGUACCGCCCCCGGGUGGGAGCCUCCAGAAGAUCCAGACACGGGCUCUGAGUGUUCCCAUCCAGAGGUCACCUCAUCUCCACGCUUCGUGGCUGCGAAGACCCAGACGAACCAGUCGGGGAAAAAAGCUCCAGCCUCCGUGGUCCGAUGCACGACCCUCUUACACCGCACCCCUCCAGCUACCCAAACUCAAACGUUUCGGACUCCAAACUCGGGAUCUCCAGCAAGCAAGGCAACUGCAGCAGAAAGCACCUUCAGUCGGCGAGUAGAAGGCAAAGCACAGAACCACUUUGAAGAGACCAACAGCAGCUCACAGAAUUCCAGCGAACCCUACACAUGCGGUGCCUGUGGUAUCCAGUUUCAGUUCUACAGCAACCUGCUGGAGCACAUGCAGUCCCAUGCAGCUGACAGUGAGAACAACAUCGCCUCCAGCCAGUCCCGAUCUCCACCUGCUGCGGUGGAGGAGAAGUGGAAGCCACAGGCCCAGAGGAACAGUGCCAACAACACCGCCACUAGUGCUUUGACACCCAACAGUGUAAUCCCUGAGAAGGAGCGACAGAACAUUGCAGAACGGCUACUGAGGGUCAUGUGCGCUGACCUGGGUGCGCUGAGCGUGGUCAGUGGGAAGGAGUUCCUCAAGUUGGCCCAAACCCUGGUAGACAGUGGCGCCCGCUAUGGGGCCUUCUCAGUCACUGAGAUCCUGGGCAACUUUAACACACUAGCACUGAAGCACCUACCACGCAUGUACAACCAGGUGAAGGUGAAGGUGACAUGCGCCCUGGGCAGCAAUGCCUGCCUGGGCAUUGGUGUCACGUGCCACUCCCAGAGUGUUGGCCCUGACUCCUGCUACAUCCUUACGGCCUACCAGGCUGAGGGCAACCACAUCAAGAGUUAUGUGCUUGGUGUGAAGGGUGCAGACAUUCGUGACAGCGGUGACUUGGUGCAUCACUGGGUGCAGAACGUGCUGUCAGAGUUUGUGAUGUCAGAGAUCCGGACUGUGUACGUCACAGACUGCCGGGUGAGCACAUCUGCCUUCUCCAAGGCUGGCAUGUGCCUUCGCUGCUCAGCCUGUGCCUUGAACUCAGUGGUGCAGAGUGUGCUGAGCAAGCGGACACUGCAGGCCCGCAGCAUGCAUGAGGUCAUCGAGCUGCUCAAUGUGUGUGAGGACUUAGCAGGCUCUACGGGCCUGGCCAAGGAGACCUUUGGCUCUCUGGAGGAGACAUCGCCGCCACCCUGCUGGAACUCAGUCACAGACUCGCUGCUCCUGGUCCAUGAGCGCUAUGAGCAGAUCUGCGAGUUCUACAGCCGUGCCAAGAAAAUGAACCUCAUCCAGAGCCUCAACAAGCACUUGCUGAGCAAUCUGGCCGCCAUCCUGACACCUGUGAAGCAGGCAGUCAUCGAGCUCAGCAAUGAGAGCCAGCCCACCCUGCAGCUGGUGCUGCCCACCUAUGUCCGGCUAGAGAAGCUGUUCACAGCCAAAGCCAACGACGCAGGCACCGUCAGCAAGCUCUGCCAUCUCUUCCUAGAAGCUCUCAAGGAGAACUUCAAGGUGCACCCAGCCCACAAGGUGGCCAUGAUCCUGGAUCCUCAGCAGAAACUGCGGCCGGUGCCACCCUACCAGCACGAGGAGAUCAUCAGCAAGGUGUGUGAGCUCAUCAAUGAGGUGAAGGAGUCCUGGGCCGAGGAGGCCGACUUUGAGCCUGCCGCCAAGAAGGCACGCUCAGUUGCGGGCGAACACCCCACAGCUCAGGAGGAUGACCGGCUGGGCAAGAACGAAGUAUAUGACUACCUUCAGGAACCUCUCUUCCAGGCCACUCCUGAUCUCUUCCAGUACUGGUCAUGUGUGACCCAAAAGCACACGAAACUUGCCAAGCUUGCUUUCUGGCUGCUGGCUGUUCCUGCCGUGGGGGCGCGAAGCGGGUGUGUAAAUAUGUGUGAGCAAGCUCUCCUGAUUAAAAGGAGGCGUCUGCUUAGUCCGGAAGACAUGAACAAGCUCAUGUUUUUGAAAUCUAACAUGCUUUAAGACUCGACUUUGGGGAAAACAAAUAAAAGACAAAAGAUGAAAAGAAAAACAUUAGGAAAACACACACACAAUACUGUCACAAAGAAAUUUAAGUUCUAAACACUGUGGAACCUCAUUGUAAAUGCCCCUGGAAACUUAAGUGCUUUUUCUUUCAGUGUAUGUGUGUGUGUGUGUGUGUGUGUGUGCGCGCGCACACAUGUGUCCAUACCCACACAUGUGACAUUGCAUGGGUAAAGGGUGUGGGGAGCUCAUGCUUCAGUGCACAGCCAGAGCACGCACACACACACACACACACAGACACACACACACACACACACCUGGUAUGUGUACACAUGCCUGUUCUUGGGCGUGUGUGCAAUGAGCUGGGUGUGUCAGGAAAGCCGAGAGACGGGGAAAGUGGUAUGGUUUCACUUUCCUCGGGCAGGGGCUCAAAGGACUCCAUUUUCAGGUGUGCAGAGUGGGAGAAGCUGAGAUUGUGAAGUAUUCAGGCAGCGGAGUGGCUUGAACUCCCCUCCCCAUCUCCAACCCUUCCUUUGCGUUCCUCCGACCCCUCAGCCCGUGGUCCCCUCCUCUGCCCCAGCUGCUCUGGUGGACAGUUUCUGCACUGGACUUCAUUUCUUGUUUCACCUUCAGGGCAUUAAGCUGUUGUCCCUGUGACCUCCCCCUUGGAUGUCUGGGGCAGCUGCCUUAGAUACACACUAUCUAUCUCCCCAAGUCAGGAAAGGAGACUUUAAAAAUAUAAAACUGAUAUUUUUUAAUAUAAGAGAGAGAAAAAAGACAUUUUUUUUUCCAGAGAUGUGUAGCUGACUCUACACGCAAGGUUUUUUGUUUUUGUUUUUGUUUUAUUCCUCCAACGCUUUAGCAAUGUUCUUAUCUCUCUGGGGAUUCAGUUUCUUUUCACCUUUGAUUUAGACUCUGCUGGGAGGCACUGAGUGUUGUAGCUACGUUCUGCAGUUUUGUUUGUUUUACUUGCCCCUUUUUUGUUCCCAUGUCACACUGUAAACUAAGCUCAUCUCAGUGGUGGUGUUCAGGACUCACGUGUCAGCGGUCAAGGAUAUGGCUGCGCAUCUGGAGUAGGGAGUUGAGAGGAGGUUGCUUGGCUGUGGCUUUGGUGGAAGCCAUAGUGGGCAGCAUGUGGCUUUAGGGGUCCUGAAUGUCAGCAGGAGGCCACUGCCUGGCUCCUGCCUGUGGUAGUGUGCAUGUCCACCUCUUGAAUGUUCACCUCCGUACUAUUCACCACAUCCUGACCUCCAGCUCUUCAGGGACUCCACGUUUGAGUCUGCCAGACCCGCAGUCUCUCUCCCUCUCUCCCCUGGGAGUCUGUAAUCCUCAGAGGUCUCCACAGGCACCUCAGACGUGCAGUCAGGGCAUUGGGGGGGGGGCACAGUACACUGCUGGUUGAACUUUUGGCAUUCUGUGGGCGGAUGAGCUUGACUGAACGCUGUGAAAGGGGUUGUUAGCCCUUGCUGCUGCUUCCCCCUGGCUGGGAACUAGUGCUUCUACACAGCCCAGAUGCCAAGAGGGGACACCAUUCUCUCCACAGGAUGAUGAGCACAACCACCCCAUAAAUAAAGAACUUGGUGUCCCUGGUCCUCCGGCGACCACAGCUGUGGGAUGGGCUUGCAUGCACAUCAGGCUGAGAAUGGCCACCUCUGUAGGUUAUUUGCAAAAGCACCUCUACCACUUGGGGCUUGGACUGGCCCCCUCUUCCCAGUCCUAAAGCAUUACUCAACUGAAAGAUACCUCGACUUCAAAAGCACUGUACCCAUAGCCCUAUCUCCAGAUCCCCAACAGGAGGGGUGAAGAUGGUUUAAAAACUCAAAGGCCUCUUGUUACGUUCCAGGUUCCAAAACACUGUCCUUGAAGAAUAAGCCUGCACUCUUUGCCUCAGCAGACUACCCGAGCUCUCCUGCCGAUUCUCAGAUACACAAAUAGAUCAGAGAAGACUGUGUCCACAUUCACUCCAGCAAGCUUUGUUCUCAGGAACCUCCACACAGUGUCUACUCCAGGGGAAGUUCUAGGCAUUUCCAUCACAGUGUCUUCAAUUUGGGUCUUAGCAUCAGAGGAACCUCUGUUCACAGUGGAGAAAUCCAGACAGGAACUGAAUGUCACUCCCUGAAGAAUGUAGGAAUGUCUUCAGACUGCUUCGGACAUUCCAGGAGAUGGGCUCUGGAUGACUAAUGGUGGACACCUCCAGUCUCCCUCAGCUGUUGGGAAAGGGGCCGCAACCUGACACUUGUAGCCACACUGGAAGCUGGGUGCUCAGUGCAGUCAGUGAGAGUCAAAGCUAGGCUGAGCUGCUGUUGCUGGCUCGCAUCAGCCAAGCCCAUAUGUGCAUUUCAAGCAUUCUUUUUGAAGCAUGGAACAUUUGCCCUCCAGAAAGAAAAUUUGUGUUAAACUUCAGGCAUCUGGUCAUAGGCCGUCACUUCCUGUCCAGUUUGUUCGCACCUAGACUCUAUCCCUGGGCUUAGAUCACCUCUGUAGGUCCAAUGUGAGCCCCCAAUUAAUCCUCAGAAACCUGUCUCCCAGGCUGCCUCAUCCUCACAGAUUAUAAAGUGGCAAGCUGUCAAUCAUUUCUCUUUAGUGUCACCAACCGGAAAGACUGUGCCUAUCACACGGUGCACAUCCUGCAACAAACAGUUCAUAAAUCCCAAAGAUCUCCCGGGUUCAUCCACAGGCCCCCGCAACAGCAAUAGCCACCUUACCAAAUUCUAGUUCAGCCAAAGCACUAAGAUAGGCUCUUCCAAUUCAUCUCCAAUUGCCUGGGCUGGCCUUGACCUUCAGAAAGAUUUUUGUCAUCUGCCUCCUCGUUCUGUGUCCAUUAAAGUUUUACACAAUAGGCUUUGGGGGACUGGGAGACCAGGAAGCUGGGCCAUUUCUAUCUCUGUUCUCAUAGCUUACCUUGAGCUGUGUGAUUCCCUGGCCAAAAAUUGUCUUUGCUUUGACGUCUGUGAACCCAAACAUGGAAGUAGAGAAGAUGAACUUCCAUUAGCGAUGUUCUCCGCAAAGUUGAGGUCACUUUGUUUCACUCAUGAAACCCAAGCCAGGGAUUGUGACUUGUUUGCCUGGGGUUCACCGCUCAAAAGGUCUCAGGUCUGGGAGGAGCAAUUGUACGUGGAAGCCCUUGUUCUUAGCACAGCUGUGUUCCCAGGACCCAAGUCUACCUGCCAGACCUCUUUUGCAUGGCAUAUUCAGCACCUAGAAACAAGACGGUGCUUCCCGAGCACAACUGUCUGCAUCUCAUCCCUAGGGAUUGCCUGCACAGAAGCCUUGUGCUACAGCACCAGUGAUGUCCCCAUCCCACUUGGAAGACUUUGUGUUUGGCGUUGUGGGACAGGCUUGCUCUUAGCCGGGGAAGGGUGCCUGUUUCCUGGUGGGAAGGGCAACCGGUGACAGUGAUGAGAGCCCAGCUUGAGGUUCUAGGACGGUCCUGACCCCUGCUGUGCAGGCUGGCCAAUAGUCUUCAUUUCACUUUGACAAAUAUACCUCCUGCACUUUGAAGAAAUGGAAGAAUUCUACAAGGCAUGUUUUCCACUGUGAAGCUGAAUCUCUGCCUUUGGAGCCCACUUUUGAGCAAGGUCCCCUAUUUUCCUGGCCACAGGCUAGAGUGCCCAAGAAGGGGGACACCUGAGGAGAGUCUGGGCACUGUCUAUACUCACUCUGAGGACACAGGGUCACCAGGAAGGAUCAAAGCUGGUAUGCAGGUGAAAAGAGACCCUGUGAGAUGCCACCCCAGACUUUAUUAUGCCAUGCUUCAAGAGAAGCGCACAGGGCACUCCUUACCACAUAAGCUGUGCUAAGCCCCCAGCUUCCUGGCCUUGGCAGUGGUGUGACACUAUUGUGUCUGGAAUAUAUUUAGAGGAAGGCUUCUGGAGGCAGAACCAAGAGACUGAGGCUCAGGCUAUACCCUGGAGGCAGUACACAGGGGCUCCUGUCCCCAGGGCAGUGGGAGAGCUGGCAAGGAGGUUGGCCCUCCCUUUCACUGUGGCUAACAUUUGCUAGGCCAGUUAUGGUGAACCAAUGAUGCAGUGUUUCCUCUUACGUUUCCCUCCUGUCUCCCCUUUACAGGGUCUCCAGGGGGGGGAUUUAUGGCUGUGGUUGUUUUUCUUCCUAUCUCAUUUGGGUCUGAGGAUGGCAGUCUAGAGAGCCCAGGCUUUGACCAAGGGAAUCUGUGGUCUCUGAAGUUUCACAUGGAAGAGGGUGGCGCCUUCAAGGUUGUAUUUCCAUAUGGGAAAUUGACUAGGCUUGGAGUUGGCAUUAGCAUCAUGACCCACCAAGGUCCUACCCACCCAAGCUUCCCACUGGGAAACCUUGACUCUUUGAACCAAAGUUCCUUAAAGGGGUACAGCCCAGCCUUGUCCUUCCAGCUGGAAGGAGGGCUCCUCCCAAAGGCUCUCCAAGGACCCUUCUCCCACCCAGUCAGGGUGGGUGGUUUCCCCAUCAGGGCUCAAGCCUGUGGCCAGACGUAGGCUGGGUCUGGCCAGCCACGAAAGCGCAAGAGCCAUGUGGCAGGGCCUUCCGGACCCCAAGCAUCAGGAAACCAUUUUGUACAACAACCCAGAGCAGAGAUAUUUUUUAAGAGGCAUGAGUUAUUUUCAGUUGUCUCCUGAUCCUGUCUUUUUCCUUUCCCCCACAAGUUCACGUGGGUGAUUCGUUCACAUCAGGUAAAUCUUGAGAACGCCUUGGUGCCCCCAUCCCUCCUGCCCCCCAACUCAGUGACCACGUGUGUGCGUCCCCAUCCUGUCUCAGUAGUAAUGACGUUCUAGGCAAUACCAUAGACACAUCCGUGUCUCGCUUUGAGUGCAAGAAACUCAAGUCAUCUUUAAAAAAAUUAAAAACACAAAAAAAUUACAAAAAAAGCAAACACACACACAAAAAAUAUCUUUUUUAGGCCAGAGUUUUCUACAGGUAUUAAUGAAUAUUUUUCUUAAUCCUUAUAAGUUUUAUGUGUUUAAUAUUUCUUAAUACCAGUAGCAUUAAUUUAUACUUUUGUAGCAACAUAAUAUUUUUAUAAACAGCCAGUGCUUGGCUCAAGUCUUCACGGGGGUUUAUGCAGGGCUAUCUUAGGAACCCUGUGUACCAUGUACUGUAUUUAAAAAGUUCCCUAGUGUCACACUUGCUGUGUUAAUUAACAGAGAUGUCGCUGGUGGUCUCCUGUCCCGAUGGUGUGGGUCCCGCAGUCCUUCUAGGAGCCACAUUGCAUGGGGUUGAGUUGCCGGUUCUGGUGAUACAUAAACUCCCAAGGUCAAACUUGUGGGUUUAUUUAGGGUUUUCUGUGUGUCCUUUGGGGGUGUUUUGCUUUUGGUUGGAUACUGUUUCUCCAUUUUACAGACAAAUAGGUUUCAUGCUGUUUAAAAAAUUUACUGAUGUUAAAUGGAGGAAAGGAACAGAAAAAUUUUAAAAAGAGAGAUUUUUACAAAGUAAUAAAAUUUAAAACUGAGCUGUUUCAAUGUUGCUGUUUUUACCUGUCUGUUUUCAUUCAAAAGUGGAAUGUUCCCAUGGAGAAGUGGAAGGUUCCACUGGGUUCCUUAAGUCACCAAAAGCCCCAGCCCAAGAUUCAGUUCCUCGCCCGACCCCCAAACCAUUUCCCAGUUGGUUGAUGCCAAGGCAGAAAGAUAUCCUUUCAGUGACUGGAGGACCAGUCGCCGAGCGCGUUCACAGUUCAUGUCAUCAGUGUUGUAUUUAUGGUUUUACAAUAAAACUGCCUCUAGGAA